AUGCCUAGUCCUGACCCUCAGAACGGCGCCAAUGACAAUGAGUCAAAGAACAGUUGGAGGAGCUGGAAGAGGGGAGAGGGCCUUCAAGCGUGGGAAAUGGAUCUGCUCAACAAGCCAGAGGUCAAGAGGAAGGCCAAUGUUGCUCAAAUGUUCUUCCUGAACAACUACUUCGAGUCUUUGCGCUACCUCUCCAAUCGCCGAGCUCGCACGACCGCAUUCAAAGCCGCUCACCCAGGCCCCCUCGAGAUGACCGGCUCCUCCGAAGCAGCUUCGUACUUGGGCAGAGAGAGAGCGCUGCUCCGCAAACGCAGAACGAAGCUCAGACUCGACAGUUUCCACAUCAUCGCUCAGGUUGGACAGGGCGGAUACGGGGAGGUAUUCUUAGCUAGGAAGAAGGACACAGGACAAGUUUGCGCGCUCAAAAGGCUCAGGAAACGUGUGCUGGUCAAGAUGGACGAAGUACGACAUGUGCUCACCGAGAGAGACAUUCUGACGGCGACGAACACGCCUUGGCUUGUCCGUCUGCUCUAUGCAUUUCAAAAUAAGGAACACGUCUUCCUGGCCAUGGAGUACGUGCCUGGAGGUGACUUCCGCACUCUGCUUAACAAUAGCGGUGUGCUUCAGUUGGAAUGUGCUCGCUUCUACAUGAGCGAGAUGUUUGUGGCUUGCAAUGAGCUUCACAAGCUAGGCUACAUUCAUCGUGAUCUUAAGCCCGAGAACUUCCUUGUGGAUGCCACUGGCCACAUCAAGCUGACUGACUUUGGUCUAGCCGCUGGUGCAAUCAACCCCGGUCGACUCGACAGCAUGCGAGGCCGACUCGACGCCGUCAAAGACGUGGACCUGGUCUACCGCACACCUCACGAGCGCUCUUCCCUGUACAAACAGAUGAGAGCUCAGAACGUGCAGCACGCUGAUUCCAUUGUCGGUAGUCCGGACUACAUGGCGCCGGAAGUUCUGCGCGGCAAAGACUAUGGUGUAGGCGUAGACUACUGGUCUCUCGGCUGCAUCCUCUUUGAGUUUAGAUGCAGCUUCCCGCCUUUCUCUGGAGGAUCGCCCGAUGAGACUUGGGCCAACCUGAAGAAUUGGCAACAGUGCUUGCGUCGUCCAGUCUACACGAAGCCCCAGGAUUUACAAUUCAACCUGAACGACGUUGAGUGGAACGUGAUGACAAGUUUGAUUGCUGGGCCCAAGGAGCGUCUCAGCACCUUAGCAGCUGUGCAAGCCCAUCCAUUCUUUGCGCCUCUGGACUUUACGAAGCUGAGAGAGGUCAACCCGCCCUUCUUGCCGCAACUGGAAGGCGAAACGGAUACUGGUUACUUUGACGAUUUCAACGAAGGCUCAGAAGACAUGGCCAAAUACAAGGAGGUCUUUGAGAAGGCGAAGAAUGUGGAUGCGGUCAAGGAGGGCAGCGCUGGCGGGCGUGGCAUGUGGGCUGGCUUCACCUUUGGAAAGAACGUGAGUAGCGUAUGA